CUGAUCAAGGAGAGCGAGAGAAGUCAGCAGGAACUUGGUGAAGCUGUGAAGUUCUUUAAAAGUUCAGCACAAGAGGCCGUGGAGAACAUUGAGAAGGUCUUCACUGAGCUCAUCUGCUCUCUGGAGAAGAAACGCUCUGAGAUUAAAGAGCAGAUCAGAGCUCAGGAGAAGACUGAGAUAGAUCGAGCAGAAGAACUUCACAAACAUUUGGAUCAAGAGCUGACAAAACUCAGAAAAAGACAAGCAGAGAUUGAGAAACUUCUGAUUAGUGAUGAUCUGCCCCAUUGUCUGAAGAGCUAUCAGUCUGUGUGUGUUUUACCAAAAUUUGGAAACGUUCCCAGCUUCACUCAACACACUCAUCUGUCUUUUAAAGACAUUUCAAUCUCAGCAUUUAAGGAGUUUUUGGAGGACGUCUGUCAACAGCAAACAGCCAGAAUAUCUCGAGAUGUGUCAAAUGUUCACAUUGCACAGACUCCAGAACCAAAGACUCCAAAUGCAUUUUGGCAAUAUUUCUGUCAACUGAAUCUGGAUAUAAACACUGCAAAUACGGAACUCAAACUGUCAGAAGAGAACAGGAAAGUAUCAUAUUCAUGUAAAGUACAGCAAUAUCCUGAUCACCCAGAACGAUUUGACUGGUUUCCUUAUGUCCUGUGUAGAGAGGGUUUACACGGUCGCUGUUACUGGGAGGUUGAGUGCAGUGGGAAUAUUUGGGCUGUAGCAGUUUGUUACAGAGGAAUUGAUCGUAAAGGAAGAAAUGAUGCUUAUAAACUUGGCUUCAACAAAAAAUCAUGGAGAUUAUCCCGCGAGGAGCAAAGUGUCACUUUCAUACAUAAUAAUAAGCACGUCUCAAUCCCUGUUCUCCGCUCCUCUAGAAUAGGAGUGUAUCUGGAUCACAGAGCAGGAACUCUGUCCUUCUACAGCGUCUCUGACACAAUGACUCUACUACACAGAGUCCAGACCACAUUCACUAAACCCCUCUACCCUGCAUUUGGGGUUAUGGAAGAUUCAUCUGUCAGGAUCAUCGAGCAAAGAAAAGCUCAGAUAGACCAGAAAUAAACCAUAAUUUAUCAAGGUUCAAAUUCAGUUGCUGAACUCCUGAAAUGUGUAUGUAUUUAAAUACAAAUGUAAUAUGUAGUUUGUCUGAAUAAAAGACAUUUCUUAAACACUAACACACAACUGAGACUGUCAAACUGGAUAUCAGUAAAUAAAUCUGCAGUUCAUUAUCACAUGUUCCAAAAUCAGAUGUUAGAAAGAUUGUGUGUCUUCUGAAUGCUCAUCUUCAGCAAUAUUUCUGUAGCUCAUUAUAAUAAUAAUGUCUGAAUCCAUGAUGCAGUUUAUCAUCAAGCCAGCAAGAUGUCAGGGUUGGUUUGUAAAAUAAUUGGUCAUGGAAACUAGUAGACUGUUUAAAGCUCAUGGUGUUGACAAAAUAUUUAUACUUUAUUUCAAACAUGUAUUAUUAUUAAAUGCAGCCACAUUUGUUUUCUUGUCAUUCUACCUGCUAAUACCAACUUCCUUCUUUACAAAUGAUGUCCUUACAAUUUAGACAACAGGAGCUGACUUGAGGAAGAGACCUGAUUUUGAUUGAAUUUUAAAAUGAUUAUGAUCUUAAUCUUUAAAGAUGAAUCUUUAUAUUUGUUGUUGUUGUUGUUGUUUUUUAAUAUAUCAUUUAUAAUGUAAUAUGUAAUAAAAUAAAAAGAAAAUCAAAUGAAAUCGUACAAUUGUAUUAAUAAAAGAAUCUGUGAUU